AUGGCAUUACCACCAGGAAUCACUGAAGUUGGACCAGAAGGCUACUUCGUGGGUUCUUCCAGCCUGCCUGAUGAAGGCCACAUUCGCAACCCAAUGUGUGUGGAGGGAAGCCGAUGUUACAUAUGCCGUUUUCUUAUUGACAGAGAAAACGACAAGAUCGUGACGCUGACUCCAGAUAGCCGCGUGUCUUCCCCGUUCACAUUGUACCACGAAAAGUACUACGCGCCCCUCUACAUCGACAAGUCUCUCAACAUGUCAUUUCGCCACUGCCUGUAUCCAUACUGCGCUCAUAGAAGUGGUCUUGCGGUGGCAUUCCAUGCUGAGUGCACUCGUAUGGCUGCACACUUUGGAGUGGCUCUCACAGAAUAUCGAUCUCUGACCGAGUAUACGUAUCAGCCAGCCUCUUUGGACCACGGAAGACGACGGUCGGUAGUCCGUACGUUGGUAGAAAAUUCCCUACGUAGGAGAUAUGGAAAGCUAUCGCCUGAGCUUUGGCAUAUGAUAUCUGACGACGAUGAUUUGAUAAGGCUUUACACUAUAGCAGAGAUGUCUCUACUCUGCGACAAGGUUGAGCUCUCCGCGGACCCAUCAACUUCCGUAUGGAUUAAAUGUGUUAAUUUCGAUGGUGUUGAGUAUGUAAGCUCACUUUCCAACUUCCCCAGAACUGGAAGCCGUCAAGCCUGGGAAUCAACAUCGCUGUCCGCCAGCCAGUUUCUUUACAUCUCGAGUGACUACCUGGGGAUCAGACAGGUUAUCGCUGAUCCCUCCAGAGCCAAAUCAGAUACAAGCUGUCCAGAACAUUGGAAAACAGUACCAAUAGAUGGUCAAAUGCUCUUGUUCACUGGCGACGGACUGAAGUUGAGGGAACUAACGACUCCUUCGACUUACCCCCGAGUCGAAUGGCCUUAUCCUAUGACAUCAUUUGGGAUUGAGACCUUGUCGUUCUACUUCGCUGGUUGGGGUGAGGGGCAGACUGUGGCCAGAAUGAGAACACUGACUUUCAACGAGUCUGGAACAACAGGUUAUUCUGUUUGUUGGGCAGGUCAUGAAAUGGUCUCACUUCAUGCUCAUCAAAACAUCCGAUACUCGGAUAGUCAAGGUUCGCUGCGGAAUGAAGCACCACCGUCCAAAUACGAAGACCGAAGCCAUCUCAAAUGGACAUAUCACCCUGUCGAGCAGGAUGAAUACAUUCAACAAAUUUGGAUACGAGGGUCUGACAUGUACGACACGACAAAGUCUCUCCCAACUCAAAGUGAAGGGGGCUUAGGGUUUCAUAUUUCCACGCCGUGGGGCCUACAGACAUACAAGAGACCCAGUGACAUAGCUCUCGGGUUUGUGACCAGCAAAGGCAGGAAAAUAGUAGCAGGAAGUUUUCCUGAUCAUCACGGCGAACAUACACCUUUCUCUAAGCAUCGCGGGUGGCUCUUGGUAGCAAGGACAGAUACAGACGAUCCGAUCCGGAUUUUCUUCUCUCCUUCAACUCACGGAAUUCCUCUCAUCGCUGCGCCAGCAAUGCCAGCAGGCAGCAGAAUUACACCGGCACUGGUUCAAAUUCCGCUUAGUGCAAUGCCUCGUUUCAACCCUCUUCAUACUGUCCACUUUUCCUCGGCCUCACUAGAAAACGUGGUCAGCGUGAUAGUAUGCAGAAGCAAGAGCGAGAAGGACACGGCUGUCAUCCGAAACUUUGACUUGAAAAACGAAUGUAUGAACGAGACUAGAUACAAUAAGGUUACUGGUCUACUCUUGCAAUAUCCCAACGGGAGUCAAGCAAGUGUGGGGUGUUUCCGAUUCGACUGGAGUGAACCGCCGCUUGCGACGGGAAACUCGAGAGGAUUGUUUGUGGGAACUCGACCGGGAAAGAUAGCGCAGAUCCCGCCGCAUGUGGCGACUGUGGAUGUAAAGCCUUCAGAGACUGAAGACGAAUGGACGUGGAGAGAGCUGCCGUGGAAGGGAACUCUUGAGUGGUGGUUCAGCCCUCAAAGUCUUGACACAAGUAUCUCUCACGUAGCUUGA